AUGUUUCGGUUACACUUCGCUCUCCUCGCCUUAGCAUGGGCGCUGCUGCAGAUCGAUCUCAUACGGAUACCCCUCCCGCAAGCAUACGCCUCGCCAACCCCAACCAAGAAGCAUUGGAAGAGCCAGCGGCCCGAGAGCUCCUACGCGCGGCGCAACUUCGAAACCAUCUCACGCAUCUACAACCUGACAGUCUACCCCAACCAACUGCCCAUCUUCCAGGCCGGCGGCGUGGGCGUCCCGAAAGGCCUGUUCAGCGCCAACCCCGUCGGGCGGGUCGACCCGGUCGGCACCUUCACGGAUUUUGAGCACUCGAUCGAGUACUUCUUUGCCCUCUCCCCACUGCCCGAGGCCAACCCGGUCAGGGCGGCCAUCACCGGGUACCAGAUCACCGAGUUCAGUUCGCAGUGCCGCAACGUGGCGGCCUCGAUCGUCUACCUGUACUGCAGCGUCGUGAACCCGGGCAGCCCCGACCACGGCAAGCCGCUGCCGCCACUGAAGCAGGUGGCCUUCUGGCGUUUCAACAAGUGCGGCGCCGUGAAAAAGUAUGACGCCUGGAUCCCCAACCUCAACAGCUGGUUCGAGGCCACCACGGCCUCCUACGUGACCGACCCUGUCUUCCGCAAUGCGAGCAUCGAGCAGAUCUGCGGCGCCACUCAGAUGAGGUGCCAAGGGCCCAACGCGCAGUGGAGCAGCGUCGGGGAGUGCGUGGCCGCGCUGUCUCAAAAGACGUACGGCUCGUAUGACGAAGUGUGGGGGGACAACAUCGUGUGUCGCAGCAUCCACUUGGUGCUCACCCAGGUGCGGCCUGACGUUCAUUGCCCCCAUGUUGGGCCGACGGGUGGCGGGAAAUGUGUCGACGUCGCGUAUCCCAAGAACUAUUUUUCUGACGAGGCGUUGUAUGGGCAGCCGACGGGGGAGACAUUUAUGUGCGAUUAA